GAAGAAGAGGAGACAGACGCCGGACCUAGUCGCACGGACUUAGUCGCACGGACUCGGGGGCGCGGCGGUGACAUUAUGGUGGAUAAGGAGGGCGCGUCCCCGUGGGAUAUGGGGCUGCUCAGGACCUUUGACUCCCGGGAGUUCUGCGGGUGGGAGAAAGUCGGCUCCGGGGGCUUCGGGCAGGUGUAUAAAGUGAAACACAUGAACUGGAAGACUUGGCUCGCCAUCAAGUGUCCCCCCAGUCUCCAUGUGGAUGACAAAGAGCGGGUGGAACUGGUGGAAGAGGCCAAGAAGAUGGAGAUGGCGAAGUUCCGGUGCAUUCUGCCGGUGUACGGGAUCUGCAGUGAUCCGGUGGGUUUGGUGAUGGAGUACAUGGAGACGGGCUCCUUGGAGAAGCUCUUGGCGUCGGAGUGUCUGCCUUGGGACUUGCGCUUCAGAAUAAUACAUGAGACUGCCGUGGGCAUGAACUUUUUGCACUGCAUGAACCCGCCCCUCUUACACCUUGACCUCAAGCCGGCCAAUAUCUUACUGGAUGGCCACUACCAUGUCAAGAUCUCAGAUUUUGGGUUGGCCAAGUGGAACGGCUUGUCUAACUCCCAUGAGCUCAGCCUGGACGGCAUCUGUGGCACCAUCGCUUACCUGCCGCCCGAGCGAUUUAAGGAGAAGAACCGAUGUUUCGACACAAAACACGACGUGUACAGCUUUGCUAUUGUGAUUUGGGGGAUCCUCACUCAGCGCAAACCCUUUGCAGAUGAGAAAAACAUCCUCCAUAUCAUGGUGAAAGUAGGGGGUGGGCUACGCCCAGACUUAUCCCAGGUUCCCAGGGUCCGACCCCAGCAAUGCCAAGGAAUGAUCCAGCUGAUGAAGGAGUGUUGGCAUGAUAAACCGGAUAAGAGGCCAACAUUUCAAGAAAUUACUUCCGAGACGGAACAUUUAUGUACGAAACAUGAAGAUGAGACCGGCUCUGCGCAGGUCGGCCAAGAACUUCAAGGGAAGGUCGGCAAGGAAGCAGAGCCACAGAAUAUGACUUCUCAGGCUGAAGGCAAACGUUCUCCAACUCCUGCUUUCGAUAAAGACUACAGUCUCUCCGAGUUGCUGUCACAGUUGGAUUCAGGCAUCUCUCAGACAAUGGAUGGUCCAGGAUGUCUCAGCCACAGUGUCUCUGAGCCUCAGCUGGCGUCUAGUGACAAGAGGCUUUCUGGAGUGUCUUCUGUGGACUCUGCAUUCUCAUCGCGGGGAUCUUUGUCUCUUUCCUUUGAAAAGGACUGCUCAGUUCUUGAUAUCAGUGCAAGUGACCUCCAAAAGAAGAAGCUUGUUGAUGCCAUUGUUGGAGGUGACACUGCCAAGCUGCUGAAGAUACUCCAGCCUCAGGAUGUUGACUUGGUUUUCGAGGGACGAUCCAGUCUUCUUCACUUGGCCGUGGAGAGCGGUCAAGAAGAGUGCGCCAAACUGCUUCUGCUCUACAACGCCAGCCCUAACAUGACCAACCUUAAAGGAUCCACCCCACUGCACAUCGCUUCUGAUAAAAAGCUGAAGAACAUUGUGGAGCUGCUUCUUGGGAAGAAGAUUCAUGUCAACGCCAAAGAUGAGGACCUCUUUACAGCUCUUCAUUUUUCUGCACAAAAUGGAGAUGAGUGCAUCACCAGGAUGCUUCUGGAAAAAAAUGCUUCCCUUAAUGAGGUGGACAUUAAAGGCAGAACCCCCUUGCAUGUGGCUUGUCAGCACGGGCAGGAGAACAUUGUACGUGUUUUUCUCAGAAGAGGAGCUGACCUCACUUUUAAAGGGCAGGACAACUGGCUUGCUCUGCAUUAUGCAGCAUGGCAGGGCCACUUAAACAUUGUCAGGCUUCUGGCAAAGCAACCAGGGGCCAACAUUAAUGCGCAGACGUCCGAUGGAAGAACCACGUUGCAUCUUGCUGCCCAAAGAGGUCAUUAUAGAGUUGCCCGGAUUCUUGUGGACUUACGCUGUGAUGUGAAUAUUCCUAGUAACCUGAUGAAAACACCUCUUCAUGUUGCUGCAGAAACUGGGCACACCAGCACGGCCAGGUUUCUUCUCAGCCGCGGUGCCAGUAUAAAUGCGGUAACCACCGAAGGCUUUACUGCCCUAGAUCUAGCGAGCAACCUUGGCCACUAUUCUGCAGUCAAACUGCUGAUGGAUGAACAGUCGGAUGUUAAACUUAAAGACUUGACACUUGAAGAACAUUCUUUCUCAUCGAUAGAAAGUGGCCAGUCCCUUUGAAUAGAGUGGAAAGGACUAGGCCUGAGGUCACGUUACCAUUUCGCUUCUGUUUUCAAACCAAGAUGUAAAUAAUCAAUGGGGCUCAUUUGUCCGGAUUUGUCCACCUUAAGACGUUUCAAUAUCAUGGCGGGCUUCUAUAAUGUUCCUCUGUCCAGUGGAAAAGGUGAAACUAAGUUUGUUCUUUCUUGCCCGUUUUUCUUUGCUCAUUAAGGCAGGACAUGGACUGUUUGUAAUCAGACGUCACUCUUUUACUCAAAUUUUUUGAUUUUUCACCUUUUUAAUUUCAACAUUUGAGAAUGACUUUCCGAGACUGUUUGAGAAUGACGUUUGUAUCUUCCCUCUAAAUGUGUUAAAGUGCCUUAGACCUCGCUGUGCUGACAGUUAGAGCUGACAGUAACAUUCCCGUAGGCACAAUCCAUACCCUGCAGAAUCGGCAUUAUGUGAUUGUGACACAACCAGUCUAAACCAAAUCUUUAACGACCUCUAAUGCAGAAUUGACUGUGGCAGUGUAGUUUAGCUCUGUUUUAUUGUAUAUAAAGAAUAAACUUUAAUCCCACCACGGUGAUAGCCAGAUUUUGGUGUAUCCAAGUGGUUGAAUAGUAAAUAGUCUAUGACUUUUUAAAAAACACAUAUAUGUGUGUAUGUAUGUAUAUGUAUAUAUCUCAAAUCUUUCAACUAUCUGAUGUGGAUCUUCUCGUAUUUUGGAAGAACAAAGUGGCGGCCGGUUUAGAACAGUUGAAACUAAUUAGAGAUGCACCGAAUCCACUAUUUGGGAUUCGGCCAAAACUCUUAAUCCUUGGUGAAAGAUUCGAGCGAAUCCUAAUUUGCAUAUGCAAAAAAAAUUCUUCUUUUGCGACAGUGGCAUGAUUUCCCUACCCGCCCCUAAUUUACAUAUGCAAAUUCAGAUUUGGUUUAGCCAGGCACAAGGAUUCAGCCGAAUCCCGGAUUCAUUUUAUCCCUAAACCUAAUACAGAGGGUAUAAACCGCUCAGGUAGAGAGAUUUCUUAGAAAAGUGCUGUGCAUUUGGUAAACUCCACCCCUGAGGAUCCACUAAAAAUACUAAUUUGAAAAAAAAAAAAAAAGUUUUAAUAGUGGGUGUUUUAUGCCUGAAAGAGUCAGAAGAAGGCAAAUAAUUCAAAAACUA